UACCCUGUUCUUACAGCUUGAUAUGACUGAAAUGUGUCUUUACAGUUAGGGAACACUCAUAGGUUAUUUAUUCUUAACAGUAAUGGUUUCUGUUCACUCGCUGAUAAUUUUUUAAAAGAGCCAACCCUUUAAAAAUCAGCUACUAUCAAAUUUCUUUUGCUGAGGACAGGGAAUGUAGUGGCUAUUUGAUGAAUUCUUUUUGUUGGGUUGAUUUCCUAAGUACCCUGAAGUACACAGGGUUCUACAUGUUGUCAAUCCAUUGAGUACUUUCUGAGCGCCAGACUGAGGUCCUCUCUGCAAGGAGAUGAAAGGGCACUGGGCACUGUAAUUGUUGCCCAAAGCUCAAAGGGGCUUACCAUCUAAUUGGGUGGACAAGGCAGGUGGCAACCCUUGCCAAUAUUCUGACAGCACAAGGCAGGAUGUUAAGUGAGACAUCCAUGUGAAAGUACUACAAGCUGUCAAGUGCUCCGUGAAGCCUCAUAAUGAAGCCUGUUUUCCUGCUGUCCACUGUAGUGCUGAUAUGUGGUAGAUAAAUGUCUAAAUGGGUGAAUGGGUGAUGGAGUAAGUACCAGGGAAAUGGCACCCACAGCAAUUACUGUGCCCUCUGGAAUUUAAUAGUACUGGGAAAGGCUAAAGCUGGUAUUCUGACCUUGAAUCGGUGAAUCUGCAACUGUUUAUUCUGUACCUCUUGUCCCAUUUAUGGCUAGGUCCUGGGGAGGUACAAAGUAUGAUUCUUGCUCCCAGGGACUUGGAAUUUAAAUAACCAGACACUGGAAAAAUACAAAAGACAACACUACCUGAGGACACAUGUCCAUGCUGCUCACAAGCUGAUGCUUUUUCAAUUGAGUGGACAUAAAUUAACCUCCUACUGUUUGUCUAGAGUUGGGGCUAAUGAGAAGUUCAAACUGGCCCUGUCUUCAGGGAGAGGAAGACCUGAACUGUAGCUGGGAUUCAGUAGAGCUCAUUGUGUAUCCUUCCAUGGACAUUUUCCCUAAAUGGAACAUGAUUAGGGUUUGAGAGGGCCCCUGGGCCUGUCUGGCCUGCUGCAUCCCUGGCAUGGACUCUGCAGCCUCGUGAUAGCCUUGAAGCUCCCCUGCCGGGCCCAGUGGGAAAGGAGGAAGUGUUGAUGCUGAUAGUGUUAGGUGCCCUGGAGCUGUUUCUGACAUCUGCUGCUUCUGUACCUGUGUGGGUGCUCACAUUAGGGGAAGGGGCAUGGUUCAGUGGCUUGGCAGCAGUGAUGCCAUGAGAGGGACUGGCAUGUGCAAAGGAGGACUUGUGGCCCAGGGGGUGGUGGAGGAGCCUCCAGUGCAGGACCGACCCUUCCCCUAAUCUGAGUCUUUAGGGCCAGUGAUGUAUCGUCCUGAUGUCUUUCUCCCGAUGAGAAAGGCAUAGACCAUCAGUGUCCCACAAUGCACACAGCUCAGUCAAUGAUCUCUGGUUCCUUAGGGCAGCUGUACUCUGUGUCAGGGACAGGUGAGAUGGGGAAUACAUGCAGUGACCAAUGCUUGACUGAGGGUGGUAAGAUGCAGGAAAGGUGACAGAUGUGCCAUGUGGUCUGUGGAACUCCAGCCCACCCAACACCCUGCUCCUCCCCAGGCCUUUCACAGGGUCACAUCUUCUGUCAUGGGUUCUUAAAGCACUGUGUACCCCUCCUCUGUGGGGCUGAGCAUAGGUGUAUGUGUGUGUCUGUGUGUGUGUGUGUGUGUGUGUGUGUGUGUGUGUGUGUGUGUGUUGUGAUUAUUUGCUGCCUACCUGUCUCCUUUGUGAGACUCCAAACUCUGAGAGGGCAGGGACAGUUCUUGCUCUUUAUUCUGUCACAGCAUCUACUAUGAUGCUCAGCACCCACCAGGCACCCAAGAGGCAGAUGGAUGGAUAAUUGAGGUUCUCCAGGCCUCAUGGAGGGCAUACAGGAGAGUAAGAGUCAAUGAGCAACUCUGAGAUCUUAGUGAGGCUGGUGGUUAGCAUGAGAACCAGGGCUGGGGAGUCCCUGGGCACCUACUUGCACUGGGGGGAUGAGGCCAGUGCCCCUUUGCAAAACUAAGGCUUGAGCCUGUAAGUGAAGUGUCUCUGAUCUUAUAGUUGACCCUCCACAUCCAGCCUCUCGAGGACGUUCAGCUGAGGAGGGAAGUGAGUGUUUAUUAGGACUGUAUCUGUUGAGCUCACUGUUCUCCCUCUUGUCCCCACUGAGUUUAUGUGGAGACAGUAUGAGGGUGGGAACAUCAGGGCCUUCUUAGAGAGGCGUAAAUGGAGAAUGCAGGUGGUAAAGGCGGGGCAAGAGGCCCAAGAGGUUGAGGUUUGGAUGCUACCUCAUGUAGCAGCCCUUUCUCUGCUAGGUGGCAGGAAAUCCCAGAAGGUAUUUGAGUUCAGGUUUAUGGUCUAGGCUGGUCUGCGAUUGUUCUGCAAUCAGAGCUGUACAGAGAACUAGUGGACAGCGAGAACUCUGAGUUCACAUCCUGAUUUUUCUUGCUGGAUGUAUGACUUAAGGCAAGUGUUCUAACCUCUCUGUUUCCUCUUCUGUGGAGUGUGGGUGACCAUGUGCCUCAGUGCUGGGGUGAGGAUCGAUCCCAGAAAGCCCUGCAUGGAAAGGUUUUAGCACAGAGCCCAUGGUGAGAGAGUCUUUGUCUAGUGUCAACCUUGUUAUAGCCAGAGUGGACCUCAGGAACAUCCCUCUUGCUGUAGAGGGGAAGAAAAAAUAGGCCCAGAGAGAGGAGUCUCUUUCUCUGAGGUCAGAAUGACCAUAGCAAAGGUGGGAAAGGCCCAGGCAGCAUUCAGUCCCCUUCACUCCUGCCAGCCUAGCUUCCUUGGCUGGACUGCAAGUACUUGGGGAGGAGACUGCCCUCUGCUUGCCUGGUGGGCCCCAUUGAUGCCUGCACAGUGCCGGGCACAGAGUGUAUGCUUGAGAAAUGCAUUGUUAAAUAGUUACUACUGAGAGUCCCUCUGAUUGUGGUUUAUUCUGUGGGCUCAUAGGAUGGGCCUCCUGUUGGAAAGGCUGCCUUUCCAUAAGCAGUGUGCCUUCUGCUCAGUAGCUUUUUUUUUUUUUUUUUAAUUAACGCAUGAGAAUGUGCUCCAUGACUGCCAGGGUUGCCUUGGAGAUGCAACAGCAUUCAGUUGCAUGGACACCAGAGGCAAUGUGUUUCUUGAAUUUAGCAAUAUGGGAUCAUGAAACGAAUCUGCUACCUAUGAUGUUGGCUAUUUUUAAUGGAUUUAGCAUCAUUUAAUUGUACCUAAAUGUAAUUGCACAACACUAUAUCAGUUUCAGUGAGUGUCUUCAAUCAACAGUCUGAAGAGCGUGAGAAGAUCAAGCCCCACCCCACUGUGGUGGAUAAAAGGCCGUCCCCAGGAUGGUUAUCAGACAAGUCUCUCAUCCCCAGGAUGAACACCUAAGCAACUUCUGCCGACUGCUAGGGGUGGAGCACAGUCAGAUGGAGCACUGGCUGUGUCAUCGCAAGCUGGUCACCACCUCGGAGACCUAUGUCAAGACCAUGUCCCUGCAGCAGGUGAUCAAUGCACGCAACGCCCUGGCCAAGCACAUCUAUGCCCAGCUGUUCAGCUGGAUCGUGGAGCACAUCAACAAGGCCCUGCACACUUCCCUCAAGCAGCACUCCUUCAUCGGGGUCCUGGACAUCUACGGGUUUGAGACAUUUGAGGUGAACAGCUUUGAGCAGUUCUGUAUCAACUAUGCAAAUGAAAAGCUCCAGCAGCAGUUCAACUCGCAUGUGUUCAAACUAGAGCAAGAAGAAUACAUGAAGGAGCAGAUCCCUUGGACUCUGAUUGAUUUUUAUGAUAACCAACCUUGCAUCGACCUCAUUGAAGCCAAGCUGGGUAUCUUGGACCUGUUGGAUGAAGAAUGUAAGGUCCCCAAAGGAACUGACCAGAACUGGGCUCAGAAGCUCUAUGACCGGCACUCCAGCAGCCAGCACUUCCAGAAGCCCCGCAUGUCCAACACGGCCUUCAUCGUCAUCCACUUUGCAGACAAGGUGGAGUACCUCUCUGAUGGUUUUCUGGAGAAAAACAGAGACACGGUGUAUGAAGAGCAGAUCAAUAUCCUGAAGGCCAGCAAGUUCCCACUAGUGGCUGAUUUGUUUCAUGAUGACAAGGACCCCAUUCCUGCCACCACCCCUGGGAAGGGGUCAUCUUCAAAGAUCAACAUCCGCUCUGCCAGACCCCCCAUGAAAGUCUCCAACAAGGAGCACAAGAAAACCGUUGGUCACCAGUUCCGUACCUCCCUGCAUCUGCUCAUGGAGACCCUGAAUGCCACGACGCCUCACUACGUGCGCUGCAUCAAGCCCAACGAUGAGAAGCUCCCCUUCCACUUUGACCCGAAGAGAGCAGUACAGCAACUCAGAGCCUGCGGGGUGUUGGAGACGAUUCGAAUCAGUGCAGCUGGCUACCCAUCCAGGUGGGCCUACCAUGACUUUUUCAACCGGUAUCGGGUGCUGGUCAAGAAGAGAGAGCUCGCCAACACGGACAAAAAGGCCAUCUGCAGGUCUGUCCUGGAGAACCUCAUCAAGGAUCCCGACAAGUUCCAGUUUGGCCGCACCAAGAUCUUCUUCCGAGCUGGCCAGGUGGCCUACCUGGAGAAGCUGCGGGCUGACAAGUUCCGGACAGCCACCAUCAUGAUCCAGAAAACUGUCCGGGGGUGGCUGCAGAAGGUGAAAUACCACAGGCUGAAGGGGGCUACCUUAACUCUGCAGAGGUACUGCCGAGGGUACCUGGCCCACAGGCUGGCUGAGCACCUGCGGAGGACCAGAGCGGCCGUGGUGCUCCAGAAAUACUACCGCAUGCAGAGGGCCCACCAGUCCUACCAGAGGAUCCGCAGGGCUGCCAUCAUCAUCCAGGCCUUCACUCGGGCCAUGUUUGUGCGGAGAACCUACCGCCAGGUCCUCAUGGAGCACAAGGCCACCAUCAUCCAGAAGCAUGUGCGGGGCUGGAUGGCACACAGGCACUUCCAGCGGCUGCGGGAUGCAGCCAUUGUCAUCCAAUGUGCUUUCCGGAUGCUCAAGGCCAGGCAGGAGCUGAAGGCCCUCAGGAUCGAGGCCCGCUCAGCAGAGCAUCUGAAACGCCUCAACGUGGGCAUGGAGAACAAGGUGGUCCAGCUGCAGCGGAAGAUUGAUGAGCAGAACAAAGAGUUCAAGACAUUGUCGGAGCAGCUGUCUGUGACAACCUCCACAUAUACCAUGGAGGUGGAACGGCUGAAGAAGGAGCUGGAGCACUACCGGCAGAGCCCAGGUGAGGACAGCAGCCCGCGACUGCAGAAGGAGGUGGAGAGCCUGCGCACAGAGCUGCAGAGGGCCCACUCGGAGCGCAAGAUCCUGGAGGAUGCCCAUAGCAGGGAAAAGGAUGAGCUGAGGAAGCGAGUUGCAGACCUGGAGCAAGAAAACGCUCUCUUGAAAGAUGAGAAAGAACAGCUCAACAGCCAAAUCCUAUGCCAGUCUAAAGAUGAAUUUGCCCAGAACUCUGUAAAGGAAAACCUCCUGAUGAAGAAAGAGCUGGAGGAGGAGCGAUCCCGGUACCAGAACCUUGUGAAGGAAUAUUCACAGUUGGAGCAGAGAUACGACAACCUUCGGGACGAGAUGAGCAUCAUAAAGCAAACUCCAGGUCAUAGACGGAACCCAUCAAACCAAAGUAGCUUAGAAUCUGACUCCAAUUACCCCUCCAUCUCCACAUCUGAGAUCGGAGACACUGAGGAUGCCCUCCAGCAGAUGGAGGAAAUCGGCCUGGAGAAGGCAGCCAUGGACAUGACGGUCUUCCUGAAGCUGCAGAAGAGAGUACGGGAGCUGGAACAGGAGAGGAAGAAGCUGCAAGUGCAGCUGGAGAAGAGAGAACAGCAGGACAGCAAGAAAGUCCAGGUGGAACCGCCACAGACUGACAUAGAUGUGGACCCGGAUGCAGAUCUGGCCUACAACAGUCUGAAGAGGCAAGAGCUGGAGUCAGAGAACAAGAAGCUGAAGAAUGACCUGAAUGAGCUGAGGAAAGCCAUAGCCGAUCAGGCCACGCAGAACAAUUCCAGCCAUGGCUCCCCAGACAGCUACAACCUCCUGCUGAACCAGCUCAAGCUGGCCCAUGAGGAGCUCGAGGUGCGCAAGGAGGAGGUGCUCAUCCUCAGGACCCAGAUCGUGAGCGCAGACCAGCGGCGACUCGCCAGCAGGAAUGCGGAGCCGAACAUUAAUGCCAGAGCAAGUUGGCCUAAUAGUGAAAAGCAUGUUGACCAGGAGGAUGCCAUUGAGGCCUAUCAUGGGGUCUGCCAGACAAACAGCAAGACUGAGGAUUGGGGAUAUUUAAAUGAAGAUGGAGAACUCGGCUUGGCCUACCAAGGCCUAAAGCAAGUUGCCAGGCUGCUGGAGGCUCAGCUGCAGGCCCAGAGCCUGGAGCAUGAGGAGGAGGUGGAGCGUCUCAAGGACCAGCUGGAGGCCCUGAAGGAGGAGAUGGACAAACAGCAGCAGACCUUCUGCCAGACACUGCUGCUCUCCCCAGAGGCCCAGGUGGAAUUUGGUGUCCAGCAGGAGAUAUCCCGGCUGACCAACGAGAAUCUGGACCUUAAAGAACUGGUAGAAAAGCUGGAAAAGAAUGAGAGGAAGCUCAAAAAACAACUGAAGAUUUACAUGAAGAAAGUCCAGGACCUAGAAGCUGCCCAGGCAUUGGCCCAGAGUGAGAGGAAGCGCCAUGAGCUCAACAGGCAAGUCACAGUCCAGCGGAAAGAGAAGGAUUUCCAGGGCAUGCUGGAGUACCACAAAGAGGACGAGGCCCUCCUCAUCCGAAACCUGGUGACAGACUUGAAGCCCCAGAUGCUGUCGGGUGCGGUGCCCUGUCUCCCCGCCUACAUCCUCUACAUGUGCAUCCGGCACGCAGACUACACCAACGACGAUCUCAAGGUGCACGCCCUGCUGACCUCCACCAUCAACGGCAUUAAGAAAGUCCUGAAGAAGCACAAUGAUGACUUUGAGAUGACAUCAUUCUGGUUAUCCAACACCUGCCGCCUUCUUCACUGUCUGAAGCAGUACAGCGGGGAUGAGGGCUUCAUGACUCAGAACACUGCAAAGCAGAACGAACACUGUCUUAAGAACUUUGACCUCACUGAAUACCGUCAGGUGCUGAGUGACCUUUCCAUUCAGAUCUACCAGCAGCUCAUUAAAAUUGCCGAGGGCGUGUUACAGCCGAUGAUAGUUUCUGCCAUGUUGGAAAAUGAGAGCAUUCAGGGUCUAUCUGGUGUGAAGCCCACUGGCUACCGGAAGCGCUCUUCCAGCAUGGCAGAUGGAGAUAACUCAUACUGCCUGGAAGCCAUCAUCCGCCAGAUGAAUGCCUUUCAUACAGUCAUGUGUGACCAGGGCUUGGACCCUGAGAUCAUCCUGCAGGUAUUCAAACAGCUCUUCUACAUGAUCAAUGCAGUGACUCUUAACAACCUGCUCCUACGGAAGGAUGUCUGCUCUUGGAGCACAGGCAUGCAACUCAGGUACAAUAUAAGUCAGCUUGAGGAGUGGCUUCGGGGAAGAAACCUUCACCAGAGUGGAGCAGUUCAGACCAUGGAACCUCUGAUUCAAGCAGCCCAGCUCCUCCAAUUAAAGAAGAAAACCCAGGAGGAUGCAGAGGCCAUCUGUUCCCUGUGUACCUCCCUCAGCACCCAGCAGAUUGUCAAAAUUUUAAACCUUUACACUCCCCUGAAUGAAUUUGAAGAACGGGUAACAGUGGCCUUUAUACGAACGAUCCAGGCACAAUUACAGGAGCGGAAUGACCCUCAGCAACUGCUGCUAGAUGCCAAGCACAUGUUUCCUGUUUUGUUCCCAUUUAAUCCAUCUUCUCUAACCAUGGACUCAAUCCACAUCCCAGCGUGUCUCAAUCUGGAGUUCCUCAAUCAAGUCUGAAGAUGCAUGUUUCCAGCAUUAGUUUGAUUCCCAAUGUGAGCAAGAAGGAGGCAUAUACAGUAAAUUCAAGGAUCUGUUAAAUCUGAUCAAAGCAGAUCAAGUCAGAGAUUGAUAGCCUGUGGAGGGUGCUGAACUACACAGAAUUAAGACACAAUUAUGUCAUUAUUUUUUGUACCUACUGCUCAGAAUAAAAACACUUGAAAUAUGGAAAA